UAACAAAGGCUGGCGCGUCACCGCGUCCGCUGCUCCUUCGCCGCGCACGACUGCAUGCGCGCGCACGCAGGCAGGCAGGGACAGACAGAGAGACGCGCGGCGUGUGGAGGACGCGCGCUGGGCUCGCCGCCAUUGACGAGGAAGACGCAGAAUGACGAGCUGCAACUGGGGCGCCGAGCUGUGGGAUCAGUUUGAUAAUUUGGAGAAGCACACCAGCUGGGGCAUCGACUUCCUGGAGCGAUACACCAAAUUUGUGAAAGAGCGAGCCGACAUCGAGCAGAAUUACGCCAAGCAGAUCAGGAACCUAUCCAAGAAGUACCAACCCAAGAGGAGCAGAGAAGAUGACAGCAGGUACACAUGGUGUUUGGCCUUCACUGCCACACUUCGCCAACUCGGCGAUCUGGCGUCGCAGCGAGAGGAAGUGGCCGACAACUUGAGCUCGCAGGUGGCGUCGGAGUUGAGCAGAUUCACUCAGGAGUUGAAGGCGGAAAGAAAGUCUCAUUUCCAAGAUGGCCGCCGUGCCCAGCAGCACAUCGAGAGUUCCUGGAAGCAGCUGGAGUCUACCAAACGGCGCUUCGAGCGAGACAGCAAGGAGGCGGAGCGAGCGCAGCACUUGUCCAGCAGGAUGGACAUGGACAACAACAUGGAGGCUGAGAAGCGCUGCUCCUUCAAGGCUCGUCAGACGGCGCAACAGAAACAACAAACUGCCGAAGAGUCAAAGAAGGAAUAUGUGAGCAGUUUAAACCAGUUUAACCAGGACCAGCACCAACAUUACCACACCAUGGUGCCCGUUAUAUACCAGCGGAUUCAAGACAUGGAGGAGCGUCGGAUCGACCGGAUCGCGGACGCCAUGCGUUUGUCAGCAGAGGCAGAGAAGAAGUCACUUCCUGUGGUGAGUCGCUGCUUGGACGCCAUGAUGGACGCCGCAGAGAGCAUUCAGGCCAGGAUGGACACCCGCCAGGUGGUGGAGGUGUACAAGACGGGCUUCGAGCCUCCGGGCGACGUGGACUUUGAGGACUACAGGGCCACCAUGAGGAGGAGCAUCUCAGAAUCCAGUUACCUCGACAACCAAAUUGAAGGGCGGAGACAAAGCAGGAAGUUGUGGCCUUUCCUGCGCAAAAACAAGCUGUUGAAUCUCCUGUCGUCGCCUCGGCAACCCCCGCCCCCGCCACCCACCUCGCCUUCGCCCGGGGGCGUGGUCAACAGCCCCCAGUCCCCGCCCCCAGCCUCCAGAGAACCGAUCGCCCAGCGACUCAACGACCUGAUGACGUCUGGCUCCCGAACCAGGAAGCAGUGCCUUCGCAGCUUGAAGAGAGGGCUGUCACUCAAACUGGGCUCCGCCCCCGCGGACUGCAGCCAUCUGCCUGCAGAGCAGCGGCGGAAGAAGCUUCAGAGCAGGAUCAACGACAUCAGCCAGGAGAUCCAACGCGAGCGCGAGCAGAGGGACGCACUGAUGAAGAUGAGGGAGGUGUACGAACGAAACCCUCAGAUGGGCGACGCCGCCGCCCUGGAACCCCGCUUGGAUGAAGUGAGGCGGAGCCUCCAGCGACUGGAGGAGGAGCUCAGGACCAACCAGGCGUGGGUGGCGGAGGUGGACCGCAGGUCGUCAGAACACAGCAGCCGAGGUCAAGGUUCACGUUUCGGCAGUGAGGUGUCGACACCGGGAAGCCGAAGCUUGAAGCAGCUGGACGGUCGGAGUCCGGCCAGCAGAGAGAGUCCAGACGGCAGCUACACGGAGGACCAGAGUGCAGAAGUUCACUUCUCCAAGUCGCGAAGUUCUGAGUUUGAUGAUGACUUUGAUGAUGAAGAACCGCUGGCCAGCAUUGGAACCUGCAAGUCCCUGUACCCGUUUCAAGGUCAGAACGAAGGCACGCUGUCCAUGUUGGAGGGGGAACUACUUUCUGUGGUGGAAGAAGACAAAGGUGACGGCUGGACCAGAGUCCGUAGGAACUUGGAAGAGGAAGGAUACGUGCCCACCUCCUACAUCAAGGUCUUCCUGGACACCAACGCCAAAGGUGCCAAAGGUUUUGUGCAGACAAGUCGACUUGUGUAAGGAGGCGUGGGUACAGGAAGUGAGGGUGUUGAAGACACCAGAUGGACGCAACACGCCGGGUUACCAUGGUGAUUGUUGCUGUGGCGACUGUCAACGUCUUUAGAGUGUCGCUGCCGUGACAACACACACACACACACACACACACAUGCACGCACUGCCAGUUAGGAAGUGGGUAAAAAAGGAAAAGUGUGUUUUUACAUUUGUGCUGUCAUGCACGAAAACGUCGACAGGAUGACGGAGAAACAUUAAAAAAAAAGAAAAAAGGGAACCUGUCCUCCAUAUUUAACCCGCUUGUUGUCGUUAAAUGUAUCAUCUCUCCCUUUAUUGUUUUGACCCCCCCCCCCCUCCCCUCCGCACUUCCUGUGUGUGCCAUCUUUCAAAAUAAAAUAACCCCGAUGUGUGUGUGCGCGGGCGUUUGCAACAAAAUACCUAAUUGACAUGGAGUAG